ACCAAUUGAAUUGCGCAGCAAAGAGCAGAACUGAAGACCAACUUACGCAUCUUUCCUGCUGCUCCAAUGUGCACGAAAGUCAUCACAGCCCACCACAGCUGACCGCAAUUCUCGAGUCCACCUCCGUCCCUCCAAGUCCUCCCUCUCUCCCGACACCAUGGACCAGGCCGACAUCCCCGCGCUGCUCUCACGUCUGCAGAGCGACGAAGAUGCCACGCGCAAAAUGGCUGUAUUUAAGCUUCAAUCCUCGAUUAAUGAUCCCGCUUUCGCCGACUUAUUCAUCUACUCUGGCGGACUCAACAUUCUGCGGCGCCUUAUCAUGGCCACCGGCGGCAAUACCCUCGCAUACUCUCUCCAAUCCCUCAGCCGUCUCCUCGAAGUCGAUAUGGGCUGGGAGAUCUUUGAAUCAUCCGGAGCAGGCGAAUUGGUCGAACGUGUCGUCGAACUCAUCGUCACGCAUCCGCUAGUCAACAUCUUGCGCGGGGCGAUGAGCAUACUGGUAGCCAUUGUGAGCCAUCCGCAGACGUCCACAGGCGCAAUUCGAAUACCCGGAGCUUUUGGGUUUCGGGCGCUCAAGCCGGCUGUUGCGGUAUAUCCACAGUUCUUCGAGAUGGUGGUUUCUCAGCUCAACUCGGCGGACCAUGCUCUCUGCGCGAAUGCGCUGAUGCUUCUAAAUGCAUUGAUCAGGGACGCCAUUACCAGCGAGAGUGGGGCUGGAAAGGAUGCCAUUGGGAAAAGUACCGGGACCGGGGAAGAAUGGCCAAAAUUCAUAAAGAGAUUGCAGGAUCUGGGGGUCAUCAAGGCGGUAUAUAUCCUAAUGCAAAGCUCAGCCAUGCAGGAUCUAGCGCAUCCGUUGUUGGAGUUUCAGGCUCUUAUGAAAUUGUUGCUGAGGAAGUGGAGGGAUGUUCCGGUGGAUCUGGAGAGGCCAGAACAUAGGAGAGCGUUGAAGGGAAUACAUCUGGCCAGCGCACCGGAGAAGAAGGAGAAAAUCACUCCUGUCACCACGCGAGCGGAGGGACCAACUGACAAGGAAGAUGAAUUGGCUGAACCGGCUGAACCGGCGGAUACAAGCAAGAAGGGUAGCAAGAAACAUAAUCCAGAGAAGUGGAGGAGGUUGGGAUUUGAAACAGAGAGCCCUGCAUGGGAGUUUGAUACCACUGGUUUCUUGGGAAUGAUGGACUUGACCGAUUUCGUGCGAAAGGAAGAAGAUGGGUUCCAAAAAUUACUCAUGGAGCAGUCCUCGAGGCCGAUGCACGAAAGAUGUCCAAUUGCGCGAUCAAGCCUAGCAGUCACGGCAAUUCUAUACGAGCAUUUCCAAGUCGACAAGUCGGACGUUGAGGAUGCGAAAAACUAUCUGGUACUGGAUGGCAUGAAGAACUAUGAUAAGGUAUUCCGACCCCUCCUCCUACAGUGGUCAAGGUUACAUAGCGCGAGUCUCCAUGCCUUCUUCAGACUGUGGAAAGCUACAGGAGCAGAACAAGUGGAUUUCGAUAAGGUAGUAGAGCUGGUGCGGAUCCUUGUCGAACAAGUCGUUGGGCAAGCGACACGAACGAAGGAUGUACACGAGGUGGAAGAGGAGAUCGCAGAAUUUGAAUACUCGCGUCUGCGUGACCUGCAGAUGGAUGUUCUGGAGCUGACCUUCCAAGACGAAUGGGGUCAGCAUCUUCGUCAAGUCCGAGACGAGCUGAAACGAGAGGCGCUCCAAUUCGUCAAAGAGCAGCGAAUACGAUGUCUACUCCAAGGGGCAUGGUUUCCCAGAGCAACGUCUCACAAGGAUGACGGCAACAGACAUCAAACUCCAAGCUCAUGGCGAUACGUAAAGCUAUCCCAUAACCGACGCUAUUUGCAUUACUCUGAUUUCGGAUCGCCGACGAAACACGAGCCCACCCUGGAUGAAUUGCCUGAAAAAAUCGAUCUGAGCACGGUCAGCUCCGUGGUCUCGAAUGUUUCGGCGCCACCUGAUGAAGCCUCGAGUAUAUCCAGUUCAUCGACACUGAAAACGCUAUCGCAUGCGCCAAAGCAGACUUCUACGACGAAGAUCACGAUCAAUAGCUUUAUUCCGGGAAGCGACAACAGAUCUCAAUCUUCAAAUGGCAAUGAUGAGCCCGUAGAGCGAGCAAUCUUGAUCCUGAUGCCUCCAACGCACAGCCUCGCCUCGGAAUGGCUGGAUGGACUUCUUAUGCUGUUGAAUCAAGCUCCUAUCACGGCCGAAACAAACAAGCUGGUAGGCCUGGUUAGCGAAUAUGGAUUGAAGAUCAGACUACUAAAUGUUAGGCUGGACGAUGGGUAUGCCGGGCCUCCUGAAGGGGCUGGAGUUGUGCCUAGUAGGGAGGGAUUAGAUGAUGAUUACUACUAUGAAGUGUAGAGUGCGUGUAUAUGAUUGGGAAUGCCGUUGAUACCCCGGGUUUUGUUGGAGCGUCUACGAUUAGAUUUCUUUCAGGCAAGCGGUUCUUAUUAUAUAUAUAGUUGACCUGUAAUUUUACUAAACGGAACUACCUAGGUAGAAGAGCUAGAGCACUUUUAAUGAUAGGG